GGGGCACUUGGGUGCGUCUAGGUAGGACCAGGAAGUGUUCUGCCGCUGAACGUCGCGGAGGAGUUGUUUAUCUUAACUGGGACAUACAGCGCUUAACAGGAUGUUACUGCCAAUGUUCCUGGGCAGCAUCAUUUCUGUUACCAUGGCUGCGACCAAUGGGCAGCAGGAACAUGGGCCUCCACCUCCUCCUCCUUCUCCUUCUUCGCCUUCUCCUCCGCUGUUGCUGGUGUCCUUUGAUGGGUUCCGGGCAGACUACCUGCGGCAGUACCCCAUGCCCAACCUGGAGCUCCUGUACCGGGGAGGAGUGCUGGUGGAGGAGCUGACCAACAUCUUCAGCACCAAGACCUUCCCUAACCACUACAGCCUGGUGACGGGUCUGUACGCCGAGUCCCACGGCAUCCUGGCCAGCAACAUGUACGACGCGGCCCACAACAAGACCUUCAGCCUGGCCCACGACCAGGACCCCUUCUGGUGGAGCCAGGCCCUGCCUCUGUGGCUCACUGCGCUGGACUCCAACUACAGCACGGCCGCCGCCAUGUGGCCCGGCUCGGACGUGGCCAUCGGCAACCGCACCGCCACGCACUUCCUGCCCUACAACGCCUCGAUGCCGUUCGCAGAGCGUCUGGCCAAAGUCAGCAGCUGGCUGAGGGGCAGCGAGCAGGAGAGAGGGGUGAUGUUUACAGCCCUCUACUGGGAGGAACCAGACAGGACGGGUCACAAGUACGGCCCGGACAACACCUCAGCCAUGACCCAGGCACUGAAGGAGGUGGACGACCACGUUGGUUUGCUGGUAUCGGAGUUGCAGCGGGCGGGGCUGUGGGGGCGUGUCAACGUGCUGGUGACCAGUGAUCACGGCAUGACGCAGUGCUCCGCCCAGCGCCUCAUCCGCCUGGACGACUGCCUGCACCCAAACAACUACACCCUGGUGGACCUGGCCCCGGUGACCGCCCUGCUGCCCACCCAGGAUGCAGACAAAGUGUUUGACCUGCUGGACAAGUGCCACCCCCACAUGACGGCCUACCAGAAGAAAGCCAUCCCUGAUAGGCUGCACUACCGCAACAACCUGCGCGUUCAGCCAAUCAUCCUUUUGGCUGACGAGGGCUGGAUGAUCAUCCAGAGGGGGGACCUGCUCCCCACACUGGGUAACCACGGCUAUGACAACGCGUUACCCAGCAUGCACCCUUUCCUGGCGGCGUCGGGGCCCGGGUUCCGCCAGGGCUACCGCAUGUCGGGGCUGCAAAGCGUGGACGUCUACCCCCUGAUGUGCCACCUGCUGGGCGUGGCGCCGGCGCCCCACAAUGGCAGCCUGGCCAAGGCACGCUGCCUGCUGCAGGGGGAGGGCUGCCUGGACGUGGCCCUGGUGGCGGGCGUGGUGGUUGGCGUGUUGCUGCUGCUCACCAGCGUCACAUGUCUGUUCGGCCUGAUGAGGCCCCGCGGGCCCCGAAGGCCCCUACAGUUCAGGAGGCUCCACCUGGAGGAGGGGGAGGAGGAGGAUGACGAUGAACCCCUGCUGGACUAGACUUGGGCUGCACCAGAAUGGGUCUAGAGUUCUAGACCUUGACUAGACCUCGACUAUACCUGUCUAGACCUGUACUAGACUAUGCCUGUCUAGACCUGGACUAGACUACAUCAGACUAGACUUGGACUAGACUAGACUAGACCUGGACUGGACUCGAACUGAGAUUAGACUUGAACUGACUAGACCAGGACUAGACUUUGGCUGGACUAGAAUGGACUGGCCUCUCCUAGUUCCAGCCUAGUUCCAGGUCUAGAUUAGACCUGGAACUAGGCUAGAACGGGACAGCGGCCCUACUGGUUCUGUAGGAUUGCACUAGCUCAGGACCCUACUGGCUCUGUAGGACUGCCCUAGCUCAGGCCCCUACUGGCUCUGUAGCAUUGCACUAGCUCAGGCCCCUACUGGCUCUGUAGGACUGCCCUAGCUCAGGCCCCUACUGGCUCUGUAGGACUGCACUAGCUCAGGCCCCUACUGGCUCUGUAGGACUGCCCUAGCUCAGGCCCCUACUGGCUCUGUAGGAUUGCACUAGCUCAGGCCCCUACUGGCGCUGUAGGACUGCCCUUGCUCAGGCCCCUACUGGCUCUGUAGGACUGCCCUAGCUCAGGCCCCUACUGGCUCUGUAGGAUUGCACUAGCUCAGGCCCGGCGGGCCCCCGGCCUCUUCAUGGUUUGUUUAGCUUCUUGACAGGAUUGCGUCUUUGCACAUGUGUUGCGUCGGCUUUGCAGCCAAGUUGCGGAGGAGAAAGCAUCCAUAGCAACAGCAGCGGGUACGGUCUCAGCCUGUCGCGAGACUGGGAAUCAUGGUAUGAAUACUAUUAAUAUAAUAAGUUGAUGCUAAUAAUAAUAAUAUCAUCCAGGAUUGUAGAAAUUAAAUGAAUAGAGAUACUGUAAUUCUCUUUUGUUCACUGGAUUCAAAGAGGAAGCUACUGAGAUCUACAUUUUGUGUUUAUAUGGCUAUGUUUUUACAUGGUUAUUUACAAAAGCGUUGCAAGUUCAGAUUUAUUUCCCCCACAUUGUCAUUAGUCGGUUCUCCCACCAGACGGGUCGAGAUACUUCAGUCUAGUCUGUAGUAGUUUUAACAAGUUAGAAACUGGAAUACAGUGAAAUGGAUGAACAGUUACGUGUGUGUGUGUGUGUGUGUGUGUGUGUGUGUGUGUGUGUGUGUGUGUGUGCGCGUCGGACUAUGCAAGGCUUUUACCCGACGAGGGAGUUUUAAGUUGGUGUCUAAAUGUGCAUUAUCUGUUUCCAAAGGAAAAUUUCCAAAGAAAGAGUGACACAUACUUUAAAAAAAUGUAUGUAUAUUCCUUUAUAGACAUGUUUUCUUCAUCCCAGUCACAACAUUACAAUGUAAUAAAAUGGUAAAUAUAUAAAAUCAA